UCUAGUCACGGUCUACGUGAUUCAAUGUCUUUGGUCAAGUCUUUGGCAUAGUCUUUGGUGCAUCACCAUCACUUUGUCGUAUGUCGUAUCGAUGUGAUCAAUUCUUUCCUUAAUUUUUUCCCUAUUAUUACAAGAUCCUUUUUUCUCCCCUUGUAAAGGGGACUUCAGCAAUUUCAGGAAUUUAAGCAGCGCAUCCAGGUGACGGAGUAUCAUUUGGUUUUUGUUGGACACAGCGUGUUGGAGCCAAACAUCUCUCCGUUUAAGGUCCAAUCUAAACUCUCCAUCAAGUGAAAUAUUUUACACUCAGGACAAUGCGAUUGGCAUCAUGCUUAUUUGCCAAGAAGGCGAAAUCCAAACAUCUUCUUGUUGCAGCAGACAGCUUGGUUUCUGGCCAUAGAAGGAACAUAUUCCGUGAGAGAACAGCUGACAAAGCCGAGUUCUUUGAUUAUGACCCGUUCAUUGGUCAGCCUGCUUUAUAUCGCGAAGUGAAGAAAAUCAGGAGUGCUUCAUGGAAAGAAUUGAAACCGUGGGUUGGAUUGGAUCCAUUCAAAUUGUAAAGUUAUACUAAUUUUGUUGGCUUUACUGUUACCUUUCUAUGACAAGUGUCCUACUUGAUUUUUUCUUCCUGUAAAUACAUAAAUGAUUUUGUCAAA